AUGGCUGCAAAUGAUGUGCCAUGUUGUGAGCCCAUGUUCUGGGUGUAUCUGGUUAUAUGUACAGCUCUUGUGUCUUUUGCUGGUCUCAUGUCAGGCCUUACUCUAGGACUCAUGUCCCUCAGUUUAAUGGAUCUUGAGAUCCUCGCCAAGGCUGGUCAGCCUCAGGACCGUAGAAACGCAGAGAAGAUUCUGCCAAUAGUAAAAAACCAGCAUCUACUCCUGUGCACGCUUCUCAUAGGCAAUUCUCUGGCAAUGGAGGCUCUGCCAAUCUUCCUUGAUGCCCUUCUUCCAGCUUGGGGUGCCAUAUUGAUCUCAGUCACUCUCAUACUUGCCUUUGGUGAGAUAAUCCCUCAAGCCGUAUGUUCUCGUUACGGACUUAGCGUCGGGGCAAAAUUAUCGAUCCUCGUUCGAUUGAUUGUCAUCGCCCUCUUCCCUUUAGCCUAUCCAAUUAGUAAGGUAAUUCGCUUUCAUCGUUCCCUCAUGAAAUAUUGAAUAUACUUACAUAUAUGAUUGAAUUCAAAUCAGGCAGGGAAAGGGGGCGAGUUAACCCAUGAGGAAACAACCAUUAUUACUGGAGCUCUGGAUAUGACACAGAAGACUGCUAAAGAUGCAAUGACACCCAUAUCAGAAAUCUUCUCUCUCGACAUAAAUUCUAAGCUCGACGGGAAAACAAUGGCAGAAAUAAUUAGGAAAGGGCAUAGUCGUGUUCCUAUAUGUUCAGAAAGCCCUACAAAUAUCAUUGGCCUCAUUUUGGUCAAAAACUUGAUCCAGUUUCGUCCAGAAGACGAAACACCCAUCAGAGAUCUCACUAUAAGGAGAAUACCAAGGGUGCAUGGAAAUUUACCUCUUUAUGACAUGCUGAACAUAUUUCAAAAAGGUCAUAGCCAUAUGGCUGCUGUUGUCGAUGGUGAGAAUGAAGAAAAUGAGAUUAAUGUAAAAGGAAUCGAUCAUCAGUCUGGAGAAAACGAGCAAUUCAAUAUAUGUUUAAUGAAUUCUUGUCUUUGUAACUCGAAAAUAAAGAGUGUCGAGAGGGACUUAGACAAAAACCUGCAAGCCCAAGUCAGAUUUCAGGAACAGCAGGAGCAAUACAUACAUGAUUUUUCUAAUGAGGAUGUGAAAUCUCUUCCAGUCCUAAGUGAGGGGGUGAUUGGCAUUAUAACACUGGAAGAUGUCAUGGAAGAACUGAUACAGACCGAAAUUCUUGACGAAACUGAUGAAUACGUUGAUGUUCACAAUAGGUAA